AUGAAUUUAAGAGAACCACUUUUACGUGGUAUUUAUGGUUAUGGUUUUGAACGACCGUCUGCUAUUCAGCAACGUGCCAUUAAACCGUUCAUAUCAGGCCGAGAUGUUAUUGCACAAGCACAAUCCGGUACUGGAAAAACAGCAGCAGUUGUCAUCUCUAUUCUUCAACAAAUAGAUCUUGAUUUGAAAGAAUGUCAAGCGCUUAUUUUGACACCAGCAAGAGAGUUAUCUCAACAAACGCAAAAAGUUAUAUUGGAGCUAGGUGAUCAUAUGAAUGUCACGUGUCACGCUUGUGUUGGUGGUACAAAAGUUCGUGAUGACUUGAAACGUCUUGAACAAGGCGUUCAAAUUGUUGUUGGAUCACCUGGACGUGUCCUCGAUAUGAUAAAACGUCAAGCACUUCGUAGUAAACACAUCAAAAUGUUCGUAUUAGACGAAGCUGAUGAAAUAUUGUCGCGAGGUUUUAAAGAGCAAAUUUAUGAUAUUUUUUCAACGAUAUCUGAGAAUGUUCAGGUCGCUCUCCUAUCUGCCACGAUGUCUAGUGAUAUAUUAGAUGUAACAACAAAAUUUAUGAAUGAUCCAGUCAAAAUUCUUGUGAAAAAAGAAGAACUCACACUCGAAGGUAUUCAACAAUUUUAUGUAAAUGUUGAACGUGAAGACUGUAAAUUCGAUGCAUUGUGUGAUCUUUUUGAAAGAUUAACAAUUGUACAAGCAGUCAUCUAUUGUAAUACUCGACGAAAAGUUGAUUGGUUAACAGAACAAAUGCGUCGUCGCGAUUUCACUGUGUCGGAAAUACAGGGUGAUAUGGGACUAAACAAACAAAAUGUUCUCAGUGUGAGAGAAUUUCAAAGUGGUUCUAGUCGUGUUUUAAUAGCAACAGAUUUACUAGCAUGUGGUAUUGAUGUACCCCAAGUUUCAUUGGUUGUCAAUUAUGAUUUACCAAAUGAGCGUGGAAAAUACGUCCGUCGGUACGUAAAGAAGCAGUGAGAACAUUAUAUUCGUUUUACGUAGCGGAGUUAAAUUGCACUUUCACAAAUCGUAUGAAUGAGGAAAUUUGGAUAUGGUUCGUUUCCACUUAGGCUACGAUUAUCUAUACGAAGAAUAUGAGGCCUGCAUUACACUCUAAAAAUAAAGCGUCGAUGCAAUGAUACGCUAUCGCUUCAAGAGUUUAGUAAAAAACCCUGUUAGGGUUUAGUACACUUACUAAACCUGAAAGCGGUAGCGUGCCAUUGCAUUUUACUAAACCCGUAAAAAAAGGUUUAGUAAACAGUUUUUGACGUCUUAUUAAAUCUUUUCUACUUUUGCCUAAAGCUUUCUGCUUUAUAAAAUAAAAAAACAUGUUGCCUGCGCUCGGAUCGAGCUGAAGAAUGGUGCAGCUCACUCACCGCCUCAGCCAAAGGUUAACUGUCGC